CUCGUUGGUCCCUUCUUCACUCUGCAGUGAGCACCACUCGAGAUGGCGGACGUGGAGGCCAAGAAGGUGUGCGGGAUGCCGGAGAGGGUGCAGCUGCAUGUGGCCAUGCUGGCCUUGCAGUUUGGCUAUGCCGGUUUCCAUGUCGUGUCCCGGGCGGCGCUCAACAUGGGCAUCAGCAAGGUGGUCUUCCCGGUCUACCGCAACAUCAUCGCCCUGGUCCUCCUUAUCCCCUUUGCCUACUUCCUCGAGAAGAAGGACAGACCAGCCAUGUCGCUCUCCUUCGCGGUUCAGUUCUUCCUCCUCGCUCUGUGUGGUAUCACUGCGAACCAAGGGUUCUACCUGCUCGGCCUCGAUAACACGUCUCCGACCUUCGCCUCCGCCAUCCAGAACUCUGUUCCGGCCAUCACCUUCCUCAUGGCCGCCCUUCUCAGGAUAGAGAAGGUGCGGUUCGACCGGCGCGACGGCGUCGCGAAGAUGACCGGCACGCUCGCGUGCGUUGCCGGCGCCACCAUCAUCACUCUGUACAAAGGCCCCACCAUCUUCGGACCCUCGAAGAUGACCCUGAACAGCACGGCGGCGCCGGCGACGAUGCUGUGGUUGCAGGAUGACAGAAUGGGGAAGAGCUGGACGCUGGGCUGCAUCUACCUCAUCGGCCACUGCCUGUCGUGGUCCGGCUGGCUGGUGCUCCAGGCGCCGGUGCUGAAGAAGUACCCGGCGCGGCUGUCGGUCACCUCCUACACUUGCUUCUUCGGCGUCAUCCAGUUCCUGAUCAUUGCCGCCUUCCUCGAGAGGGACACCGACGCUUGGAGGUUCCACUCCGGCAGCGAGCUCUUCACCAUCCUCUACGCGGGUUUUGUGGCAUCUGGCAUUGCCUUUGCUGUUCAAAUCUGGUGCAUCGACCGUGGCGGUCCAGUUUUCGUGGCAGUUUACCAGCCAGUGCAAACUCUAGUUGUUGCCAUCAUGGCCUCCAUUGCCUUGGGCGAGGAGUUCUACCUCGGAGGCAUCAUUGGUGCUAUAUUCAUCAUAGCUGGGCUUUAUUUGGUCUUAUGGGGGAAGAGCGAAGAGAGGGCCUUCGCCGCGAGAGAAGCAGCAGCCGCGACCUCCUCCAACCCUGAACAUGAUGCUCUCCGAACUGCUGCUGCUUCCUUCAAGGCUUCUUCCAUCAAGCAGCCACUCUUGCCAACAUCAACAACCUCUGAAAGUGUUUAACAUGCUCAAUCAUCUCUGCGCUAGUAUGGACUACUAAUUGCUACAUCAAGUUGUAAAAGAAAAAAGUAAAAAAAAAAAAACGAGAAAGGGUGGUUUGAAUCUGUUAGGAAAUGUGGUUGUGUUAGUUCCUUCAUGUUGUUGAAGUUUAAUUAAUUAGCUUGAGGUUUGCAAAUA